AUGUGUGCAACACCAUCCCGACCCGACGUUUCUAUAAAAAUGUUUUUGACUUCGGCCGAACUGCACAUUAGUUUGUCCCAACUUCUCUCCAGUAGCUUAACAGUUUAUUCAGUGUUGAGAGAUGAAGGGCUAGAGACACGAAGAGUUGAAUUCACGACUAGCGCCAAAUUGAAAUACUUUUUACGAGCCGAAAUCUCACAAUUGGACAAUAAGAAUAUGCGGCGUCGAAGUGAGUUUUUCUUAUGACAAUAAUAUUGAUUUAUGUGUUUCUGUUGCUUGCAAAAAAAAUACUGGUAAUCGAGUGAAUUUUGGUGGUAGACUAGAAAAGAAUUUCAAAUUUAAAAAAAGAGUGAUUUUAAUUUCAUUUUUCAAAAAUUUUAAUUUCAGUGUGAAAUGGGGGAAAUUUUUUAGGAUUUGAUAAAAUUGUUCGAUUACGAAUGGGAAAACAUUAAAUGGAUUAAAGUAAAGUUUUCGAAUUAGAUUUACUUCAUUCUCUUUCAGAAAUGCGCAGUGAUGGCCAAGCAGAUGGUGUACGCCCUGCUGGGGAAACCUGCUGAGGUACUUGUACAUUUUAUACACGACACGGUAAAUAUAAGUAUAUCUUUGAGUGCUCGCUUGCCUCAAUCCGGACAAUUGGCGUCGAAGACCAAACUUCCAGAAGAGCUAAUGAGUGUGAGUUCAAAAAUGUAUUUGAUGAUUAACAGAAAAAAUAAUUAAAUCACUGAAACCAUCACUUUUUGCUGAUAACAAUUUUUAGUGAUCAUUUUAACACUCUUAGCCUUUUUCUACUGUUUUUUUUCUUUACUGCAGAUUUGCCCAUGAGUCCUGAGGACGAGCCACGCACUUGGAAAAGCUCACCAAUUGACGAUACGUCCAGUAAUAGUUUCCGGUAAGAAUUGUGCAAUUUUGGUCUCUAUUUCAGAAAAAGGUUUUUAAAAUAAGAUCUGUGACUUUCUUUUUCAGGUGUGACUUGACUACAGUGGAGGUACCAAGCGAAGACGUGGUCUCUUUAAUUCAAAAUUAUUAUGAACGCUUCGAAAAAGUUGUGGUUCAUGUUAAGUCGUUCUAUAUUGUUCAGUUGCAGCACGCCGAGGAAUUGGGCAUCGAAUUUGUACUGUCGAUGAGCAGCGAAGUGGCGCCGAAGUUAAAGCUGUCAAGUAGAAACGUUGCAGAUCUGCUGAAAGCGCAAAAUUUUAUAAUGGAUUUGGUAUUUCGAAAUCUCAUGUACAAAUGCAAGUUUUUUCAUUCAGACCACGCUCUACAGACAAUCAGAAAAUAUGGCGGAUACUGGAAGAAGGUAAAAGCGAUUUUUUUAUUUAUCGUAACCCAAAUCUUCUUGGCAAGCUAUUUGCAGUAAGAUGUUCGAAAUUUAGUUUUAAUUUCCCAUUCUCUAAAGAUUAUGGCUUUUACGUCUCGAGUUAAUUUUUAAAUUGUGUUGUCAAAAAAAGCUCUGAUGGAAAGAAGUUGAAACAUUUUUGUUGAGAUUAAAAAUUUUAGAGUCGAAUUAUUAUUUUUUUAUUUAUUUUAAGAACAAGUCAGAGUAAAAAGGGACCUUUAAAGUUGCGUGACGCAUGGUUUAUUUCUAUUGAUUCAUAUUUUUGAUUGAUUGCCUAGUUAAAGGUUGGCUUGAGAUGUCUGAGCUUUUCGCGAACUAAGUAAUCUUUUUUUCUUACCUUGUCAAAGCUUUGUGUUUGAUGGCUUUUAGCCAGCUUUGAACGGACUUUCAUGGUAUUCCGACCUUUUAUUUUGUUUUGAUCUGCGAGCUGUCAAAGAAAAACAUUUAAAAAAAGUGAAAUUCUCGACGAACUGUUUUAAAUAUUGAAACAGAAAUUAGUUUUGAAAAAAAGUUCAAAAAAACUUUUUAUGGAAACAUUUUUAUUACGAAAAUAUGAAGAUACCCAAAUGAAAAACUUAGAAAUUUCUCCUUCAUCUACACACGUUUUUCAUUUCAGAGCCGUUCAAGGAGCCUCCACCAGCUGCUCGCUCAACAAACGUGACUGGUCUCUGCCGCUUGAGGAGCGAAGGCCUCAAUGGGAGCGACCAUAUGAGAACGAAGCUAGGCAAGUUUUGUUUUGAAAAAGUACACUUUCUAUUAUAUAUUUUCGUCUAUUUUUUUCUGGCUUAAUUUUUUGAGAUAAAAAAUCAAAGUGCAAAAAACGGGGAAAGUUUCUCGAAAGUCAGAGGUAUUCGAAUGUUUUUUUCGAGCAGUUUUUAAGUUUGUGUGAGUCUUCAGAAUGUGAAAUUACUUCAUCUAAUUGCUUUCAAUCAAUCAAUAAUUUAUUUUGUUGUUUCAGUAAUAAAUGCAAUUGUCUAGGUAGCGAGCGGGAACUUUUGCAUGAUCUUUCGGUCCUCUGCCUCGUUUUUCUGCGCGUAUGUCAUAUAUUUGUGCCUUGACAGUCUCAGAAAGUAGCAUAUCUUGUAGCUGUAGUCCGGAGAACCGUGCCUUAGGUAAAAGCCUUUUUGAAAAGCGAGAAAAAGCGGGCGAGACACGUAUGCGGUUAUUGACACAAGUUCAAUUCAAGUGCGAAAGACUAUUUAAAAUGCUCUACCGUCGCUUUUUUCGUAUAUUUUCUACCGUUUUUAAUGCAAUAAUUUAAAAAAAUCAAUGCAGCAUUCGAAAAUAAAUUAUAAGAGCGGUGACCGAUUUUUUAUCAAUCGGUGGCGCUUGAAUUGAACUCGUGCCAAGAACCGCAUACACGCACGCUUAUAGCGAAAAAAUAGCAAAAUUUAUUAAUACUGUGAAAAAAUGAACAUGCGCAAACUACUUUUUCAGUCAGUGCCAUAGUGGGAUACAUCCCAUAAGAUCAAACUAUAUAUUCAAAAGAUAGAGACUGAAUUUUUGUUCGUGGAUUCGAAUCGCGUUCGGCUAUAUUAGAAAAAAAUUCUUUGUUUUUCGGUUACGGUUUUUUCCGUACCAAUAAAAAAAGAUAUAAUUUAUCGAAGUUAGUGAAUCAAAAAGGUUAACAUACUUUACAUGGCCCUCAAAAAAAUUAGAUGUUAGAAAUACGAGAAAUUUGAGUUAUUUGUUUAUUCAUUUCUUUGAUUUCAGAACAAAGCAAACAAUCAGCGUACAGCUAGGAAAAAAUGAGAUACCAUUGGCCAGACAAAAAAGCUAAAAAAAAAGGUCAUAAGUGGCCCUAAUGAGCACCAUGGCAACUGUUUGCAGAAGAGAAAAAAAAAAAUUAAAAAAGACGAUUGGGCAAGUUAAUAAUAAUAUCGGUAACAGCUAUCCUAAAAUUUUCCGACGAUUUUCUAUUCUCACGAUCACGUUAAUUCAGAAGAUCACAAACAUGUACUGUUUUUGGAGUUCAAAGCUUAUUGACAGAAAAAGUAGCAGGCAAUUUACCAGAGGGUCAUAAAAUAAAAUAGCCAAACCAGAUCUUAUUUUUCUAUUGGUUUAAAAAAAACGCCUAAUUUUUUCUAUGAAAAAAUAUUUUAAGAACUUUCCAAAAAACCUUAUAAUUGUGACACAAAAGCGUGAUACGUUAUGGAUGACCCGAAAGUUUUGGCAAUGUUUAUGACUUUACAGAAACGCUCGCAACCAUUCAUUUGGAGGAUUCGGCCCAAGCCAAAAACACCAUUUUUAA